AUGGAGUCCGUCCCGGGCCGGGAUGUCGUGCCCGCAAAGCUCCCAGUCCUACCCAUGCCACAGCUCGCUGAUGCUAGAGACAGCGACGAUGAUUGGACCGGCAUCACAAAUGCUGCGGCUCGUAAGAAGAGGCAAAACCGGCUCAAUGUCCGGGCUUAUCGGCGGAGGCAGAAAGCUAUCAGGCAACAAGCGAAGACCACAGAAGCCCCAGGCUUCACUGGGUGCAUCGCCGAAGAAGAUGCCGAGAUACCAUGCUGGGAUGAAGUUCGUCAGAAACUGACUAUGCUGCCCACCUCAGUAGCCAAGCGAAUGCAGAGUACGAAAGGGCCGAUGAUGCAUUUCAUGCCAUCCGACGAGCUCAUCUUUCCGCUAAGCUCAGAUCACCUGAUCAUUCUCCUCCAACUCAACGUGCUCCGUGCCUCGAUAGAGAACCGUCGUCUUCUAAGGCCCCUCGAAUCCAGUUCAAUCAAGAGUUGCGACUCUUCGUCCCAUACAAUCCUGCCACACCUCUCGGAUCCCCGCCUACUCCCCCCGGCUCUGCAUCCCACCACUCUCCAAUGCACGGUUGUACACAAGGAUUGGAUCGACAUUGUCCCAGACCCUGCCUGGCGUGACAACCUCAUCCGGCUAGUAGGACAAUAUGACGAGGCUGAUCUCUGGUCCGAUGUGAUCGGCGGCCUAUUCGACGGGUUUCCGGACUCGGAAGUCGGACAUCGCGGCCUCGUUGCUUGGUCACCGCCGUGGGAUCAUGGCUCGGAAUUCCCUCCACGUCGACUUCGCGCUGCAAAGCGUGCCACCGCCCACAAAUACGCCAUGAUCCAGCCUAUGGAAUCAGCGACCGCCGGCCGAACGAUCCUCAGCAAUGCUCGCAUCUUCACCAGUUUGCCCGGCCAAGAUGAACUAUUCGACGGAUCGAUAAUCCUACAGGAAGGCUUGAUUGAUUAUGUUGGGCCAUCUGAUUCGACCCAAAUCUCGUUAGCUAGAGAUGCCGGCGCCGCCGACGUCGAUGUUCGAGGCCGUGUCAUCACGCCCAGCUUCAUCGACGGGCAUGUACAUAUCAUGCACUUCGGACAGGCUCUCAGCAAGCUCAAUGUCAUGACCUGCGCCUCACUGGCUGAGAUACGGACCAAGAUUAGGGGCUUCGCGGCGGCGCAUCCAUCAGCGCCACGGCUACUGUGCAGGGGCUGGAUACAAUCCUCUGUCAGUGGAACCGCUCUCGCCAGCAUGCUUGACGACCUCGAUCCGCGGCCCAUAUAUGUAGAAGCCAUGGAUCUGCACUCGGUGUGGUGCAACACUGCCGCACUUACCGAAACCGGCAUCAUCGACAUGUCUACUGACCCAGAUGGAGGGAAGAUCGUGCGCGACGAGCACGGCCAACCAUCCGGCCUUCUCGAAGAAAGCACAUUGCAUGGCAUUGUAGUGCCCUUCCUCUUCAAGGCUCUGACGGAAGCCGAAACGCAAGAUAUCCUCCACCAAGCCUUCACCGCGUACACCUCCGCCGGAUAUACGGGUGUGAUUGAUAUGGCCAUGGAUGACCAACAGUGGCAUGCCAUUGAAACCUACCGCACCAACCACCCUCCCCUUCCCCUGCACAUCGCCGCACACUGGCUGAUUCCCUACUCCGACAAACCCUCCGAGGUCCAGUCUUACCUUGACACCGCCAUCGCUAUGAACCAACGCUACCAUCCCUCCACCUCUCCCGACUUCAGCAUCGUUGGCAUCAAAAUCAUUGGCGACGGCACUGUCGACGGCUGCACCGCAGCUCUCACCGAACCCUAUGGCACACUGACCGACCCAUGCGUCCCCAUCUGGCCCGCCGCCACCCUCACCUCGGUAGUUCAAGCCGCCGACGCCGCCAACCUCCAAGUCGCCAUCCACGCCAUCGGCGACGUCACGAUCCGCAACGCCAUCGACGCCAUCGCAUCCCUGGGCGCCUCACGACGCCAACGCCACCGCAUCGAGCACCUGGAACUCGCAUCCGCGGCUGACGCCCGGCGCCUGGGCCAGCUUGGAAUCAUCGCCUCCGUGCAGCCUGUGCACUCGGACCCGGUGCUCUUCCGCGCAUGGCCGGAGCUGCUGGGCGUCCAUCGCUGCAAGCGCGCGUUCGCGUACAGCGAGUUUGUCGCGGGUGGCGCACCCCUGGCGUUUGGGACGGAUGCGCCGACGGCGGCGCACCUGCCGCUGCCGAAUUUGUAUAAUGCCACGACGAGGAGGAGUGCGUUGGAGGUGGUGAGCGCGGAGUGCACGAAUGAGGAGUUUAAGGUUGGGUUGGCGGAGGCAGUGCGUGCAGCGACGAGAGGGGCGGCGUAUAGUCGUGGGGCGGAGGGGUGGUGUGGCAGUCUGAAGAAGGGCAUGAACGCGGAUCUGUGCGUGCUAGAGACGGAGUGGCGUGCCGAGGGGUUAUUAUGGAGUCGUGUGUGGCAGAGCUGGUAUCGCGGGAGGAAGGUAUUUGAUCUUGAGGCCCAGGAGCCGAGCUGA